GUAUGAAAUAUGAAUCAGUUGAUAGACGUCAGACGAUAACAACAAUUAUAUACAAUAACAUUGAACAUUGAAUAGUGAAUAUUGAAAUGUCUGAAAUUUAAGCAAUAAGGCAUUGUAACAAAAAAUUUAAAGUAUUCAACUGGCCCACUGAACUAUUGCAAUCUGGAGUAUAGUGUAGACAAAUCAGACAAAUUAGGUUUUAUGAGUAUUAUAGUCACACAGACAUCGAAAAUGGGAAAUUCAUAGAAUUGGGAUUUGUAAUGUAGCAUUUGCAAUUAAUCUCUCUUGUGGUGUUUGAGGGUUAAUGCUAGAUUCAAUUAUCUUUAGUGUUUAUUUCGAUUUUCAAUAAUCAAACUGAUUUUCUGGGUUCACUUUUUCAACACAAUUGAAUGAUUUUUAUUGGAUAGAUUCCAACGUUGUUUUCCACAAUGUGCUUGUAUCCAUCUCUGGUGUUGCAGAAUAUUUACAUUUAAGUUACAGUAACACAUCCAAAUUGACUGUUAAUCUACCGAAGUUAAAAUAUGUCUUUCGAUGAUGGAGUGCAAGCAACCAACUGCGAUGCGACAAAGUGCAAGUAUUCAGCUGUGAAGAUGGGCUAUUGGCAAGAUGAUUUCAUACAGUAUUUUGUUACCGGCUACGAACGUAAAACGCCGGAGAUUAAUCGAGGAUAUUAUGCUCGUACUAAAGGUGUCGCCAUGUUUAUGGACAAAUUUUUAAAGAAAACUGGAUCAAACUGUCAAAUCAUUAACCUUGGUGCUGGGUUCGACACUCUCUACUGGAGACUGAAAAAUAGUGGAAUAACAGUUAACAGUUAUAUUGAAAUUGACUUUGCUUCAGUUACAUCAAAAAAAUGUUUUUUAAUAAAAAAAAAUAAAAUUUUAUUACAGACCAUUAGUCCCCACGAGGGUGAAGUCAAAAUCAUAGGACCAGAUUUACAUGCACCUGAUUAUCACAUAAUUGGAGCAGAUCUUCGAAAUCUGACAGAACUAGAUAAGAAAUUAACUCAAAGUGGCAUACAWUUUGAUGUUCCCACAAUGUUUUUAACUGAAUGCGUUCUUGUCUAUAUGGAGCCAGAAAGUUCAUCAAUGUUAUUGCACUGGAUUGCUAAGAAGUUUGACGACAUUUUUUUUAUUAAUUAUGAACAAGUUAAUAUGAAUGAUAAUUUUGGAAGAAUCAUGCUUGAUAACUUACGUAAUAGAGGAUGUCAGUUAGCUGGUGUUGAUGCAUGUUUAAGCCCUCAAACCCAAAUGGACAGAUUUGUAAGAGUUGGUUGGGAUAGCGCACGAAGUUGGAAUAUGAUAAAUGUAUAUGAAUACUUGCCUGAAGAAGAUAAAUAUCGUAUGGAAAGAUUAGAAAUGCUAGAUGAACUGGAACUGCUUCAACAAUUGUUACAACACUACUGUAUUACAAUAGCCUGGAAAGGCAUAACCAUGGCUGACGUGGAUCAUUUAUAGCAGUUACAGCGGCAGGUUAUCAAUGACUUAGCUCAUAACCUGCAUAUUGGAUGUUGAACAAAAUUUCAUACAUUUAUAUAUUAAUAUUCAAUUACAUCUAAUUGUUUUUUUUUUUUUUUUUUUUUAACAAUUUAUC